AUGUCCAACAGCAGCUCCAUCAGCUACUUCUUCCUGCUGGCAUUGGGAGACACGCGGCAGCUGCAGCUCCUGCACUUCUGCCUCUUGCUGGGCAUCUCCCUGGCUGCCCUCCUGGGCAACGGCCUCAUCAUCAGCGCCGUAGCCUGCAGCCACCACCUGCACACGCCCAUGUUCUUCUUCCUGCUCAACCUGGCCCUCAGCGACCUGGGCUUCAUCUGCACCACUGUCCCCAAAGCCAUGCACAAUUCCCUCUGGGACACCAGGAGAAUCUCCUAUACUGGAUGUGCUACCCAAGUAUUUCUGCUUAUCUUCUUCAUGGGAGCAGAACUUUCUCUCCUGACCGUCAUGUGCUACGACCGCUAUGUGUCCAUCUGCAAACCCCUGCACUACGGGACCCUCCUGGGCAGCAGAGCUUGUGCCCACAUGGCAGCAGCUGCCUGGGUCAGUGGCUUUCUCUAUUCACUGCUGCACACAGCCAAUACAUUUUCCCUGCCCCUGUGCCAUGGCAAUGACCUGGGCCAGUUCUUCUGUGAAAUCCCACAGAUCCUCAAGCUCUCCUGCUCCACAUCCCACCUCAGGGAACUGGGGCUUCUCAGUGUUAGUGCCUUUUUGGUGUUUGGUUGUUCUGUGUUCAUUGUUUUCUCCUAUGUGCAGAUCUUCAGGGCAGUGCUGAGGAUCCCUUCUGAGCAGGGACGGCACAAAGCCUUUUCCACCUGCCUCCCUCACCUGGCUGUGGUCUCCCUCUUUGUAAGCACCGCUUUGUUCGCCUACCUGAAGCCCCCCUCCAUCUCGUCCCCAUCCCUGGAUCUGGUCCUGUCAGUUCUGUAUUCAGUGGUGCCUCCAGCCCUGAACCCCCUCAUCUACAGCCUGAGAAACCAGGAGCUCAAGGCUGCAGUGAGGAGCCUUGGAGAGAAGUGGAAAGAACCUGUUUAUUUAACAGGAAAAACAUCCCCUAGAACACAAAAUGAACAACACCAGAGCUCUGCCGCGCUGAGGGGCCGCUGCCGCUUCCCGCCCUUCGCGCCCGCCCUCAGCGGCCGCCGGGCGCUGGGGCCGCCCCGCCCGCUCUUUUAUCGGAGCCAUGGAGAAGGAAAACCGCUUUAA